AAACGGUCACACUGUUACUCCUUGCUUGCUUUCAGUCGGCAGACAGCGUGUAAACGGUCACACUGUUACUCCUUGCUUGCUUUCAGUCGGCAGACAGCGUGUAAACGGUCACACUGUUACUCCUUGCUUGCUUUCAGUCGGCAGACAGCGUGUAAACGGUCACACUGUUACUCCUUUGGUUACUCCUUUGGUUUCACAUAUAUAAGCUCAUGUGCUGAUGUUGAUUGUCAUGCAAGACGUGGGGAUUACUAUAAGGUGCUAUCCAAAUCGCAUUACUGUACUCCAGCACAUCGUCACAGUAACAUUAAGAAGCCAUGCAGGUGGAUUUCUGUACGUUUUUCAAGCUUUGUUUUUCUUCUCUUUUCUAAAACUCGAAGGGUGGCCUUUGUGGCAGCCCUCAAAUCCAAAAGGACAGCUCCCAAGCAGAAGCAUAGUCAGACUUUGUCCAGGGCUGAUGGUGGGUGCUCUGUUGGCAGGUGCUUCUGUAGCUUACCCAAGACUGCAGAGAGUGCUGCUGUUUCAGAGAGUCUGCUGAGGGUUAUGGCUUUAAGGGCAUGCGGCCUCAUCAUAUGCAGAACGCUGAGUGGGAGUGCACUGAAGAUGGGGGAUGAAAUCGAAUUCCUGCUGCUUCAGACCUCUUAUGGGAAACAUCACUGGACUCCCCCCAAAGGACAUGUGGACCCUGGGGAGGAUGACCUGCAGACCGCUCUGAGGGAGACGCAGGAAGAGGCGGGGCUGGGGGAGGAGCACUUCCGCAUUCUGGAGGGCUACAGGAAGGAGCUGCGCUACAUGGUGAAGAGCCAGCCCAAGACUGUGGUGUACUGGCUGGCGGAGCUGUGCGACAGCGGCACUUCAGUCCGGCUGUCCGAGGAGCACCAGGACUACCGCUGGCUGGGCGUGGAGGAGGCUUGCCAGCUCUCAGAGUAUAAGGACAUGCAGGAAGCCUUGAGAGAGGCACACAGCUUUAUACUGAACAGACAACAGCCAUCCUGAUCUACACACACACACACGCACGCUAACACAGAACCUGCCUGUCUACCGGACAGAUCUGAAUCUGACUUCAUUGCUCGUUUUGUCUGUAGCAUGCUUAUUGUUGUUGGUGAUUGUUACUGUACUAAACAAAAACAUAUGUGUGUUUUGACAAAAAAAAAAAAAGAAAAAAAAUCUGGUAAGAAAUCUUGUAAUGAGAAAAAUAAUAAAUAUUGGUGCCUGCACUAUCCUUUAAAUUGGC